AUGUAUUCCUCAAGUCCUCUCCAAGGCUCUGCCCAAGAAUCCCUUCAGACAAUCGCCACUCCCUCCAAUGGUACCAGCCAGCAUCCCCCAUCCAGUAGUCAGGGCAAACCUGCCCGCCUAGCUCCGUUAGACAUACCCAUACCUCCAAAGUUGGUUGCCAACAAGGACGGCUCACUACCGGCUGAGGCUGGGUCUGGGUCUGACAGCGAUGUUGACACGGAUUGCGCCCCGCGCCGCGGAUUCCAGUGGAGCAACCUGGCCAACCCCGAGUUUUAUCCGGAGAUUACAUUGCGCCGUGCUGCUUUCUUCUUCAUCUGGACCAUACCCCAUAUCAUCAUUACAGCGUACAAUGGUUCUAUCACAAGCAACAAACUGAUUGACCGCGUGCGGCUGUCGUCAAAGAACUGCAUUCUGUUUGACAUGGCCAGUAUAUUGGUCUUUAUGUCGCCCACUUUCAUGCUCUUGCUACAGCGCACAUUCCUUCCGCGCUUUGUCAAACUGGAAAAAAAUAUUCAUGCUCACAAGGUGGCAUCCUAUACUUUACUGUUCUGGUCGGCACUUCACGUCGGAAUUUAUUAUGAUCGCUAUAUCGAUGCAUCGCAUCCGAAAAUCAAAGAUGGCAAGCUUGUUCCCGGUACACCUCUUGUCAAGAACCUCUUCAAGCUGUUUAUUGGGGAUGUAGAGAUUGUCCGCAGGCGCCAGUUCGAGCUAUUCUACUACGUCCACCACCUGUUCGUAGUGAUAAUUGUAUUCACAUUCCUUCACCGAGACAAUCAGCUUGCUUACAAGUACCUCGGCGGCCCGCUCGCCCUCUAUGUCCUCGACCGUCUCUACCGCAGUCUACGCAGCAUUGUUGGCAAGUCGCCCAUUCGCGCUGUAGUCCAGCACCCGUCUGGUGUGGUCGAGAUUCAGAUGGACAAGAAGAUCGUCGGUGUCCGUCCUGGCCAGUACGUCAAGGUCUACUGCCCCUCGGUCUCAAUGCUGCAGUGGCACCCUCUGACAAUCUCCAGCGCGCCUGAGGAGGAGCUUCUCACAGUCCACUUCCGUCUCGAGGGCACUUGGACCCGCAACUUGGCCAAGCGCCUCGGCUGUGACUUUGACAAGGAUGCCCGCGGCUCCAGCGUGCAGAAUGUCAUGCCGUUGCUGUACAUCGACGGUCCAUACACGGCGCCUACCGAGCACUUUUUCAACUACGAGGUCGGUGUGCUUAUUGCCGCUGGUAUUGGGGUCACUCCCGCCGCAUCAGUCCUGCGAAGCGUAUACUUCCAGUGGAUUCGUGACAGGUACGCCAUGAACACGAAGAAAGUGUACCUGUUCUGGGUGUACCGCGACAUCGGCACACUGGAGUGGUUCAAGGACCUUCUCGUGGCUCUUGAUGAGGAGGGACUGAGCUCGAUCGUCCAGGUGCGCACAUACUUCACAGGAAAGAUCCCUGAUUCGCGUAUACCACAGCUUGCGCCUCCUGACGACAAGUUCGGCGACCAGGUCAUCAACACGUCAAUUGGCACCAAGUCGUAUGUUGGGCGGCCUGACUUUAACAGUAUUUUGGAGUCGCUCGGCGAGCUUCAUCCCGGACAGCGCAUCGGUACAUUCUUCUGCGGACCAAAGCCUAUGGCACGCAAGGUCCGACGCGAGGCACACAAGUGGGAUGGCAUCCUGCGUAAGAAGAGCAACACCAAGAUUGACUUCUGUAGCGAGACCUUCUCCUAGACAAUAGCCGCCAUAUGCCGAUUAUUAGUGGAUUACUAGCGGGCACCACUAUGUUCCUCGAUAUCGGUUGAUGUCUAUUUUUAUGUAUGUUUAAUGGAGUGAGGCAGGAUAAUAAAUAUAUGCAGAGGAAAUAAGAAAUGGAGGUUUAUGCAAUACACCGGCGCUUCAGCAGCGUUCCUUCGCUCAUGUUUAGAGUAAAGUCUGUGCCAGAGCCUGUGCUGUCAGUAGGAGAUACGGAGAGAGUGGCAGCUUUGCGGGUGCGGAUGUCAACAUGGCGCUCAGCAGCUACUUGUGUCUCAAGCGCCCGUGACAGAAGGCUAAAGUCAGC